ACACGCUCGAAAUCUAUGCGCCUUGGAGGCGAUAAUAACCCGAAGGGGUUUAUAUACAAGCCCUUCGGCUCAUUGCUGUCAUACCAGAUCUUUGGACGAGUGAGAUCUCUCGCAGACGCAGAAGCCAUGGUGAAACUGGUUUUUACUCUCAUGAUGCUGGUGGCUGUGGUGAGCGUCAGCACCCACGACCAAAAGUCAUGCACCACCACCGCCUGCUACUGUGACAAGGUGCUGAAGAAGCUGAACCAUGACCUAAAGGACUUGGAGCCGCCUCAGGGUGCCUCCGGGAGAAGGAGAUCCGGCAGUCAGCAGGGAGGUUCAUCAGGCGUAAACCCAAAGAAGACAAUCAAAGACUGUCUUGGCGGCGUUAUCCCAGCGAGCCUCGACACCCUGACUCUGAAUGACACUCAGAAGACAUGCUUGAACGACGCUCUCACGGCACUAACAAUUGUCGAUGCCUCCGGGAACCUGAAUACCACUGCCUUGACCAACCUGAUGAUGGGAGAAGCAAGGCAUGAGGGGGUGACUGCAAGCACAUUCAAAACCUGGGUCAACGACACUGUAGCCUCUUGCGCCAACGAUGCACAAACUGGUCAAUCGUAUGAGAAGUUCCUGAACUUCAUCACCUGCCUGAAGAAUAAGUGUGCAACUGCCCCUGCAUAACAUGCCAUCCUAAAUAAGGAGUCCUACCAAGGAUUAGACGACAAGGCCCCGCGCUUCCAACAUUGAAUUUGGUUUUGAUGAUCUUUGCACCUAACUGAUAUCAGUUCUGCUAUUCAUAAAAGACUCUCAUACUCUCAAAAAUGAAGACAAAAAAAUACACUGUCCACUAUAAGCUCACCUUCUAUGCAAGUAAAAGUGCACCGAUG